AUGGUGAAAACUGUCAAAACCAACAAUGUUUCGAUGCCCAAGACAACUCCACUUUUUGAACGCAGUGAAAUUAUGAAAAAUUUUUUGACAGAUAUUUACUGUGUUCGGACUGAAUUUCAAUGCAUCUGACUGUGUGUGUGCUGUUGACGGAGUUUGGAAUAUGAUUUUAUUCACGUCGCACAAACAAAUGUAACACAAGAUAAAAGUUACUAUCGGAAAUUUAUCAUAUGGUGCUGAUGGUGAUGGCAUCGGUUUCAAGCGACACUUCGUUGUGAAAUAUGGUUUGAUGUGAGACAACCAAUCAUUUGUACACGGGCAUUUAAAUAGCAGACACCAGAUUGGAAGCAGCAAAAUAGCAGUGAACUCAAAGAGAAUAAAGAUGCGGAUCGAAAAGGUGCUCAUUGUUGAUAGCAAAAAGGAUAAUGAAAACUUUGUGCUGGGGCCAAUUGAUGGCGUUAAAAGUGCUAUUCUAAUUGGAGAUACUUCGAAAAGUGCAUGGUUGAAAGCCAUAACAUUUGCGUUAGGAUACUCAAACGAACUGAAUAGUCUUCCUCGUGAAUUUCGCAAUUUCAAUGGCUCCGUCGAAUUGACACUAAACUUUGAAAAUUCAGUUCAAAAUGACACCACCAAAGCAUUUUUCAAGAGUCUCGGCAAUAUUCAAACUGGCAACAAGAUUUUACUUCGUCGUUCAAUUCAAUCGCAACAAAUCGAAUAUUUUCUCAACAAUGGUUUGGUCGAACGUUUGGAUGUGAAAAAUUUUCUGCAAACUUUCAAUUUUUCGCCAUCGUAUCCAUUCCAGUAUUCCGUGCACAGCGACGACAUUGCUCUGGUGGAACUGAGCGAUGACGCAGAUCGAUUGCAGUUCUUAAAAAAUUGUUGUGGCGUCGAUGAGUUUUGUGUAAAACGAGAUAAAUCAAUACGCAUUCUGAAAGAGACCGAAGAGCAAAUUCGGAAAAUUGAUGUGUCGCUGAUGAAAAUCAAUUUACAGCUUGAAAUAUUUGCGUCGAAUGAAAAACAGCAAAUUUAUCAAGAUUGGGUAAAGCGCGAAAAGGAGCUGGGCCACUUCAAACGAUUGUAUCGCAUAAAAAAGAUGCAAGCUGAGCUUCAACAGCGGAAAGCGGAUAUCGAUAAGCAGACGAACGCCAUUGCAGUGAAUAAAAAUGCCAUAAUUCAAAAUGCGGAGAACAGCAAAGAGGUGCGACGCCAAAUUAAAUUGAUUUCGGAUAGCCUGAAUGCGUUGAGAAUGGAUGAGCGGCAGCUGGUAUCAGAAAUUGAGCAAAGUGAACAUGCAAAACAUUCGCUGGAAGCCACAAUUGUCGAUCUUCAAGGAUUUGUCCAGCAGGGUUCAUUGAACGAAGAAUUUUCCAUUCACAUGAGACAGGUGUAUCGAGAAAAAAUCGACCAGACCAGCUCCCAAAUUGGCGACAUUGAUGCCGAAAUCGAACGCAUUGCCGAACGUAAACACAUUAUCGACCAGCAAGUGAGCGAACUGGAAGCACGAGUCGCAUCGAUUGUGAUGAAUUGUCAACAAAAUCAACGACUGGGUACACAAUUUCAAUCGGUUGACAAACGAAAUGAACACCUUUCAGUGCUCGUUAAGAGAGCGAAAAAUGCAAUCGCUCGCGAGAAUCGGAAUGUAAACAGAUUAAAAGGCGAAAUUCAACAAGAGAUGGAAGAAUUGAAACGAUUGAGCACCGCUCGUACAGAACACAACGAACAGCUGGCCGAAAUGAACGUCGACGAUGAAACUCAAUCAUUCUAUCAGCAGCAGAAUGUGUUUGAGAAUUUGGAAAAUCAGAGAUGCGAAUUGGUUGAACAAAACGAGUCAUUGUUGGAAAAGUCGAUGGAGCUCAAACUGAAUUUGGAACAAGUUUAUGAUAAGCUGCGGUCACGAAUCGGAAACUCAAUUUUCGACGGCUUCAAGUCAAUGGAGACACUAAUGCAGAAGGCGACGAAUGAACUGAAGUGUCGUUAUUUCGGACGAGUUAUCGACAACUUUUCGUGUGAUGAUCCGGUUAAGCACGAAUUAUUGCCAAAUUUGAUGGGUGUACACUUAUUUUAUCACAUCGUUGAUUCAGCAGAAACAGCCACGCAGAUUCUGUCCCGUUUGAAUGCUGCCAAUUUACCAGGAGAAGUGAAUUUCUUCGCACUCGACAUCAUUGACAGCUAUGAAUUUGAUGAGAACGACGUUGUGUCAAGUCUAACAUUUGAUGCGAAAUUUCAGAAAGUGUUUGAGAAAAUCUGUUGCGAAUCACCAUCAAAUCCGAAAGACAUGGCAAAUCGGUCAAAUGACACAAUAAGUGUGAGCUCUUUGGACUCGGGAUUCAUCGAGGAAAAUGGUGCGAUUAUUGGGGUAGAAUUGGCUACUGACAUCAAUUCGAUGGAAUUGUAUCAGCAGCAUCAAGAUUUGGCUGAUAUGGAAGAGGCUACGCGAUAUGAGCUCAGUGAAAAUUCGUAUCGAAUGGACUCAACGAUGGAGCAAAUUAGCGAAACCAGUACAACAUUGGAACAACAACACCAAGCGAUGAGCCAUAUUCAACAGGUUCAAUCUUCUGUGGCACAAAUUACUAAGGCCAUCAAUCUGUGCGAAAUGCGCAUUCAAACAAAGCAAACGGAAUUAGAGAAGCACGAGACCAAAGUGAAUGGAUUGGCUGAGGCAAAGAAUCGUUACGAAACUGAGAUGAAAUCGGAAUUGUUGACAGAACGGGAAACAAAAUCAAUCGAAUCGGUAGAAAUUGCAAUUGUUGCGAAGAAAGUUGAGCUUCAGCAAGUCAUUGCCGAAAUCAAGAAUUGGCAAAAGAAACGCGACACUAUAUUCGAUUAUCAUGAGAACAGUCUGAUGACCCCAUACUCCGUUUUGGAAGAGCAGUCACGGACACAUUCAGACAAUUUGGCCGAACUGAAUCGACAAACGGAAAUGUUGUUGCAAUCCGAAGAGGCUAAGCGACAAGCUGCCGAGGAAUUGGUUCAAAUUCGACGUCAAGUGGCUGCACUGCGGAAUGAACAUGAGUCGAAACGUGUGGCUUUGAAAGAUUCGGAACAGGAAAAGAUCACGUUGGAACAGUCACAAACGUAUUUGUUUGCCGCAUUGGACGAUAUGAAACUUCAGGUGCAAAACUUGAGCACUGCUUUGAUUCGGCUACGGGAACAAAAACCAUAUGAUGCAACUCACAUACACAAUCCGGACAUAGUGCAAAUGUCUGAGGAAGACAUCGAUAAUCACCUGAGCAUUGCGCGCUAUCAACUGAAAACGUAUGAAAACACCGAUAACUUCGACCUGAAUAUGCUGGACACAUUCACCAAGGAACGUGAAAAUUUCAUGCGGCGUCGAUUUGAACUCACGCAAAUGGAGAGCAAAAUUUCACAGGCAAUGGCAAAAAUGGAGGCAAGCAUCAAAACUUCAAUUCGAAACACAUUUUAUGAAUUGGCCAAGCAUUUUUCGACGAAUUUCAAGAGAUUCGUACCGCGCGGUGCAGGAAAGUUGCAAUUGAUCGAAGCAGCAAGUGCUGAGAACGAUGAUGCAUUGAUGCAGAAUAGAAAUCAAGAAGCCAUUGGCCUGAAUAUUUUUGCACGAUUCGACCAAAGCGAAGACCAAUUCGACCAUUUAUUCGGACAGAAGCGACGAGUCGUUGCAUUGGUUUUCAUCAUUAGUAUGCAGCAACUGUGUCCAGCUCCAUUUUAUCUGAUUGACUGCAUUGAAGAGUUGAUUUUUUAUCCAUAUCUCGAGCCGUUGAUCAUUUACUUGAACGAGCUAUCAAAUGGGUCGCAAAUUAUCGCCACAUCGAGCAGUCAUCGCAUGCUAAAUGGACCGAAUUUCAUUGAUAACAUUUUCCGAUCGACCGCUUGCAAUGGCAUACCACAAGUCGAGCGAAUUCCUUACGCAGAAGUAGAAGAAGAAGAAGACACCGUCUAAGCAGACACGUUACAAUGCUCAUUAUUUAUUCGGUUGAGUUCUUUUUUUUUAAGUUCAAUAUUUUUUUUAUGACUUUCAAUAUUUUACGAGAAAAUCAAAAUUCAAACUAAAAAUGGAAAACGAAGAAAGAGGAAAAAAAAAUAUGUAAUAAGAAUGAAACACAAUGUCGUUGUUGAGUAAAUUCAUCGUGUGCAGACACUUCAGUAGGGUGCGACUUAAAGCGAGCCAUAAAAUGCCAAACAAAAUAAGGAACAUUUUUCGUUAUUUGUUAUGGAAAACCGAAAGUUGUUAUAUGGUGCAAAGAAUGCAUUUGCCAUGUCGAAACCACAUGCUCGUACACUGUUGUUUUUUUCUUCCUUCCCUUUCGUUCUGUAUGAAUAAAAAUAUUUACUAUAAAAACAA